AUGCAAUUGUUGAAUUCUCCAAUCCAACAACAGCCUUUAUUCAUUAACCUUCCCUGCAACCCACAAAUCCUCCAACAACAACGACCACAACAACAAUUCAUUCCCCAAUUCCAAGGUUUCCAACAACAAGCUUCUCCACAAUUCCAAACCCAAUCGUCUCAAGUCCCAUUAUCUCAAUCCCAAACCGUGAACCUCGACAACGACGAUGUACUUGUCCAAGAAACACCACAAUCAUCCCGAAGAAGGCAACCAAAAGGAAAAGGGAAAAAGAAAGCAAUGGCUUGGAACGAAGAAGAGGAAGAAGCUUUAGCAAAAGCUUGGAUUUUCAUAUCCUGUGAUUCGAGAAGAGGCAACGCGCAAACUGGAGAAAGUUUUUGGAAUCGUUUUUUGGAUCAUUUUCACGCCCUGCUUGGAAGGAAAACGGAUCGGUCCUACGACGCGGUCAACGGGAAAUGGCGCGAUUUUCGUGCGAUUUGCACAAAGUUUCAUGGCAUAUUUGAAAAUCUAAAAAAUAUGCGUAAAAGUGGUUCCAACGAUUUCAACAUUUUAUCAACCGCGUGCUACCAAUUCAAAGUGACCAACAACGGUAAACCAUUUGGUCACCAAAAAGCAUGGGAAGUUUGCCGUCAUGGUCCAAAAUGGGUCCUUAAUCCGGAGACAUCGCAUUCGGACUCGACCACCGGCUCCAACAAAAGAGCAAGAACUUCUGAAUCGGACACGGGUUUUGGGUUAGACCUCAAUAAUGACAUCGAUGUUGCCGAGGGAGACGGUCCACCUGAAGUACUACUCCGUCAACCACCGGGAAGGGACAAAUCAAAACAGGUGGCGUCUUCAAGCGGGAAAGCGACCGCAACGAACGACGACAGGCUUGUGGAAUCAAUGGAUAAAACUUUAAGUUUUCUAGAAAAAAAAAUACGAAUCCACGGAGGAAGCUCGUCGCCAAAAAAUCGCUCUUACCGAUCUUCAAAUCAUAAACUCGAAGCCCCUACCGGAUCUCGACCCCGAAAAUCUCGCGACAUUUAUCAAAAUCCAACAACGUGUCCGUGCUAA